CCGGGCAGGCCGGUGGGGGCUGCCGGCAGGGUAUUGCGCGGCGGACAGGGGGCGGAGCCGGAGCGGACGGGCGGCGGCCGCGCUCAGACCUGGUAGCCUGCGAGCUGCCCGCGAUUCGACCCUGAGGAACCUGGAAAGAUUGUGCAAUGAAUGGUGAUACUCGGGCUGCAGUGGUGACCUCACCACCCCCGACCGCAGCCCCUCACAAAGAGAGGUAUUUCGACAGAGUGGAUGAGAACAAUCCAGAAUACUUGCGGGAGAGGAACAUGGCACCAGACCUUCGCCAGGACUUCAAUAUGAUGGAGCAAAAAAAGAGGGUGUCCAUGAUUCUGCAAAGCCCCGCUUUCUGUGAAGAAUUGGAAUCAAUGAUACAGGAACAAUUUAAGAAGGGGAAGAAUCCCACAGGCCUAUUGGCUUUACAGCAGAUUGCAGAUUUUAUGACCACGAAUGUACCGAAUGUCUACCCGGCAGCUCCGCAAGGAGGGAUGGCUGCCUUAAACAUGAGUCUUGGUAUGGUGACUCCUGUGAAUGACCUUAGAGGAUCUGAUUCUAUUGCCUAUGACAAAGGGGAGAAGUUAUUGCGGUGUAAACUGGCAGCAUUUUACCGACUAGCAGAUCUCUUUGGAUGGUCUCAGCUUAUCUACAAUCACAUCACAACCAGAGUGAGCUCCGAGCAGGAACACUUCCUCAUUGUACCUUUUGGACUUCUCUACAGUGAAGUGACUGCGUCCAGUUUGGUUAAGGUCAAUCUACAAGGAGAGGCAGUGGACCGUGGAAGUACUAAUCUAGGGGUAAAUCAGGCUGGCUUCACGUUACAUUCUGCCAUUUACGCUGCACGCCCGGACGCGAAGUGCGUUGUGCAUGUUCACACACCAGCAGGGGCUGCGGUCUCUGCGAUGAAAUGUGGCCUCUUGCCAAUCUCCCCAGAGGCACUUUCCCUUGGAGAAGUGGCUUAUCAUGAUUAUCAUGGGAUUCUGGUUGAUGAGGAAGAAAAAGUUUUAAUUCAGAAAAAUUUGGGGCCUAAAAGCAAGGUUCUUAUUCUCCGGAAUCACGGGCUUGUAUCCAUUGGAGAGAGUGUUGAGGAGGCCUUCUAUUACAUCCAUAACCUUGUGGUUGCAUGUGAGAUCCAGGUUCGAACUCUGGCCAGUGCGGGAGGGCCAGACAAUUUAGUCCUCCUGGAUCCUGGGAAGUACAAGGCCAAAUCCCGUUCCCCCGGGUCCCCGGCAGGGGAAGGCAGCGGAUCGCCUCCCAGAUGGCAGAUUGGUGAGCAGGAGUUUGAAGCACUCAUGCGGAUGCUGGAUAAUCUGGGUUACAGAACUGGCUACCCUUAUCGAUACCCUGCUCUGAGAGAGAAAUCUAAAAAAUACAGCGAUGUGGAGGUUCCUGCCAGCGUCACAGGUUACCCCUUUGCGAGUGACGGUGAUUCGGGCACUUGCUCCCCUCUCAGGCACAGUUUUCAGAAGCAGCAACGAGAGAAGACAAGAUGGCUGAACUCUGGCCGGGGUGACGAUGCUUCUGAGGAAGGGCAGAACGGAAGCAGUCCCAAGUCGAAGACUAAGUGGACUAAAGAGGAUGGACAUAGGGCUCCCGCCUCUGCCGUCCCUAACCUGUUCGUCCCAUUGAACACCAACCCAAAAGAGGUCCAGGAGAUGAGGAACAAGAUUCGAGAGCAGAACCUACAGGACAUUAAGACCGCUGGCCCCCAGUCCCAGGUGUUGUGUGGUGUAGUGAUGGACAGGAGCCUCGUCCAGGACGCGCCCCUCUCUGACUGUACGGAAACAAUCGAAGGGCUCGAGCGUACAGAGCAGACCUUUAGUCCCGCUAAGUCUCUCUCUUUUAGAAAGGGCGAGCUAGUGACGGCCUCCAAGGCCAUCAUUGAGAAGGAGUACCAGCCCCACGUCAUCGUGAGCACCACAGGUCCCAACCCCUUCAACACGCUCACCGACCGCGAGCUGGAGGACUACCGCAGAGAGGUGGAGCGCAAGCAGAAGGGCCCUGAAGAGAAUCUGGACGAGACUAGAGAAGACAAAGAAGAGAGCCCUCCAGAGCCCCCUGCUGCCCCCCACACUCCCCCCAGCGCCCCCAUCAAGCUGGAGGAAGACCUGCCGCAGGAGCCGGCUGCAGGAGAGGACAGUGAUGCCGCUGCCGUCAUGCCAGCUCUCCCUGACCUGUCCCCUGACGAGCCUUCAGAAGCGCUCUGCUUCCCGACACUGGAGGAGGAGGAGGAAGAGGGGCUUUGUGAAGCCGGGGGCCCUCCAGGCCCCACCAGGUCCCCUUCAGCGGCCAUCCCUGAGCCAGUCACGGCCCAGGUGGCUGACGAGGUCGCCUCCCCAGCUGCCGAGGAGGGGGCUGCUGUGGACCCUGGCAGUGAUGGGUCUCCGGGCAAGUCCCCCUCCAAAAAGAAGAAGAAAUUCCGCACUCCCUCCUUCCUGAAGAAGAGCAAGAAGAGGAGUGACUCCUGAAGGCCCUUCCUGCACAAACCGAUGCCACCAGACUGUCCCCGAUUGUGUCUUGUGCCCUGUCUUCUUGUGUAAUGGAAUGCAAAAGGCCCACCCCUGUGUAGCUAGCGCUCCCCUCGCGGCGUGACCAAAUCCCCACGGAGACCGGUGCUAACCUUGUGUGCGCAGCGGCCCGGCCUGCAGCCUCAGGUGCUGGGGGAGACUUGGUCUCUGCGUCCACCUCCGAGCCCUGCCCUGCAGGGAGCAGCACCUCGGCCCAUCUCAUGAGCCCCUCGGGGACACGCUGUCCCCAGGGGCUUAGCUAAGUCCAGGUUCUGGCUGGAUGGGGGGUGGCCCUGCCAGCUCUGGCCUCGACCACUCUUGCUCUCCUUCUCUUGUGAAGUAACCCAUGCCCCAUCUCUGCUAGGCUCCCUUCACCCCAAGGUCUCCGGUGACUGAAGAAGACCUGUAGCUUCUUGCUGGCAUUAUCUGCUCAGUGAUCUCAUUUGUUCGGAUACACAAAGCCUUGGUCCUGUGAGAACACUCAUGUCCCCGCCAAUGGCCCAGGCCACCGUGGCGGACUUUUGAGAGGUGGGUUUGGGCUGAGCCGGCAGUCCCAGCAGCAGACGGGCCUGUGUACACCCAGGUAACCUAUGCAUGGUCUCACUGGCCCCCCGCGGCCAAAACCAGCCUUGGGGCUCCGUUCCUUACUCACUGGGGGCUCUCGAUCCCUGUCAUAGGGAAGGUGCAUCAGGAGGGCAAGAGUGCUUUCUAGAUGUCCUUUCAGAAAGUCUGCAGUUCACCCUACACGCUGUGAGCGGUCUGCGCUGUGCUUCAUUCUCUCCCCAGGGCUCCAUGUGCUGUCCUGGGGGGUCUGCUCUUAACCUCAGCUCGGCUCGGCUCCGCCUGGAGGGUACCCUCACUUUGCUAGAAGGCAGUUUCGGGGUAGGAUUUGGCCCCAGGGGUCCCACCUGACGCCCUGUGCAGUCACUGGCAGAGCCCACCUCCCGCCCUCCAGCGCCAUGGUGAAUUUCACUGCACUCACAUCCCUGGAAGAUGGCGGCUAGCUACUUAGUGGGAACUAGUGGGUGGUCCGGUGUCUCUUUGACAGUGACCUGUCCCAGGAGCUCCAGUGCCAGCCUGUCUCCCGGACAGGUCCCCAGGAGGGGGGAGGGGCCCUCGGGGGACCCAGUGCCCAACGUGGGCUCAGGUCCCACACCCUUGACACCCAGGCAGGACCUGAGGCGGCUGCACGGCGCUGACCUCCGCUUCAAGCUUACUGGCAGGCAAGCCACUUCUCUCCUGUGUAUCAUUCCAUUGCCAAGAUGGUGGUAGAGUUCUCCAGCCUCACCCUGCACCUCAGUUAACCAUGGGCUCUUCCUUUUAUCCCUUCCUCUGACCCCAUGUAUGCAAUGACUUUAAUUUCAUUUUUGUAGUUUAACUCUUUGUAUUACAACAUGAAGUUUAGUUGCAUAUACAGACACAGGCUUGGGAUGACAAGUUCUACAGCCUUUCUUCAUUGUAACAUGUUUUACUCACAAAUAAAAUUCUUUAAGCAGUUUCCUUGUCUAAA